CAGGUCUUCUGGGCAGCGGGUGGGCGUUUCUCGUCGAUCGCUCGCUAACUGUUGACGCUGAGGACAUUUUGCCCCCCGACUCGAUCCGUGUUCCAGAUGUUUCUUCCCACGCUCGUGGAGGACAUGCAUCAUUUUAAACCAAGUCGAGAUCGACUGUACACCACCCGGUGUUGUGGAUGUUGCCAUGUCCGAACAGGGACCAUCAUCCUGGGAACGUGGUACAUUGUGGUUAACUUGCUGAUGGGUAUCCUGCUGACGGUCGCUGUGACCCACCCGGAGAAUGUGCCCACCAUUGACCUUCAGUAUGAGGUCAUUGACCACUACUUUGCCUCUGACAGGAUGUCCGAAAACGCCUGUGUUGGCUUCGCCAUUUCCUUGCUGAUGCUCACCAUCAGUGCCAUGAUGGUGUAUGGAGCCAUCACUCACCGCGACGGCUGGCUCAUCCCCUUUUUCUGCUACCAGCUCUUUGACUUUGCUCUGAGCUGCCUGGUGGCCAUCAGUUCUCUCACCUACCUGCCCAGGAUCAGGGACUACCUGGAUCAGCUGCCGGAUUUCCCUUACAAAGAUAACCUCCUGUCCAUGAACUCCAGCUGCCUGCUGCUGUUUGUGCUGGUUUUCUUUGCUUUCCUCAUCAUCCUCAAGGCUUACUUGAUCAACUGUGUGUGGAACUGCUACAAGUACAUCAACAACAGGAACAUGCCGGAGAUCGCCGUCUACCCAGCCUUUGAGACUCCCCCUCAGUACAUCCUUCCCACCUAUGAGAUGGCAAUGAAGAUGCCGGAGAAGGACCCACCUCCUCCUUACAUGCCCGCCUAAGAAGCCGCCCCCGUUCCUGAACCCACAUGGACACACAGCCAUCAUAUGCAUUCCUAGAUUCCUUCACGAGACCCUUCCUGAACGCCGUUCCGCUCUCAUCCCAUCUCUGGGCCGCUGUGUCUGUGUAAAGCCUGUGAAAACGUUUCCGCCGUUUUUCUUAAAGUCGCUUUGAAGAAUCCUGCAGAUAUGAGGAGCGAGAAGCUGAAAUCUGUGAUUUAAAAACGUGUGAAUGCUGUGGUUUGAAAAGUGACAGAAGGACCCCCCGACCCCCUUCCCAUCAGCCUUUUUUAAGUCUUAGUCAAAAGGGAUAUGUGAAAAUGAAAUAGUUUAAAAUGCUUUCAUCAACCCAGCACCAUUCUAUCAAUAGAUUCAAUGUUAAGAACUUUUGACAAUCCACUUGUUAGAUCUAGUUAAUAUUUCCCUAAAAAACAAAAAAAAGAGCUUUGCUCCACUUGAGAAUUUAGUUUCUUGCACUUUUUGUUGGUUAUUUAUUUGCUUUGUUGUGAUUUGAUUCCUUAGCAGCCCCUCUGCUGCUCCGUUGUCUGAGCAGACGUAGCGAUUGGGUUUCCAGAGGGAGCUGACCGCGGAGCACCUUCUCUUGUUUUCCCUUCUUUUCACCUCUGAAACUAACGGCCGCUUUGUUCGCACUACUUGUCGCAUGCUUAUCGGCUCAUGCAUCUUAGUUGAAGGGGUUUGUUUUUUUCAAAGGAAAAAAUGCCCAAAAUCUGGAGAACCGCUGCUGGUACUGGAAUAAGGAGGGAGAACUCGAUGAAGGACCGGCGGAUGAAGGCUCAGCUGGGCGUCUGACCAUCAGCUGAUAGAGUUCCAGCAGAUAGACAAAGUCAGCUGCAUGCAGUCAUUACAACCACCCCUUUGCUCUCAUGCCUUUUCUGAUAUUAUUACUUUGUCCCAGUGGAAUUAAAUUUGACUUCAAUAAAUGUCUCGGAUCAAA